AAAAAAAAAAAAAAAAGACAGGGUCUCACUCUGUUGCCCAAACUGGAGGGUAAUGGCACAGUCAUAGCUCACUGCAGCUCCAAAAUCCUGGGCUCAAGCAGUCCUCCCACCUUAGCAUCCCAAAGUGUUGGGAUUACAGGCAUGAGCCACCAUGCCCAGCUUAAUUUUUCUUUUAUAGUCAUGAUGACUUAAAAUAGUCAACUUUAGGUACCUUGCUGCAGUAUCACAGCCCAGUAUUUUUCCGCUCAUGUUUUUCCCCAUGUCUCAAUGGCUCAGGUUUUGCAGGAGAGUGACAAUUGUGUUUACUGGUGUCUGUAUAAUUGCACUCGCACAUGUGUUCAAGGUUGUAAAGUUGCGUUCACCAUUCACCAGCGUUAUGGAGAGGUACUUCCUGUCUUCUUGCUCCCAUUGCAUCUCCGUCUCUGUCUCCCUCAGUAUAGCUGAGACCAGAGCUGGAUGUGGCAGCCAUGUGCUUCUUGAGCACUCACAUGGAACAAAAAAGAAAGAGAAUGGAGCUUCUGUUGUGCUGGGCUAAUUGCCUUAUUAUUGAUUCGGCUGUAUAAGUGAAAUGGAUUGUUUAAACAUUUUUGGUUUUCUGAUUGUUUUAAUUCAGAUUUUAUUCAGCUCGGCAGCAGAUCAUUGAUUGCACAGGAUUCGGAGGCACAUUCAUUUAUAUCUUCCAGGGUAGCUUUUCUGAAUGCAAAUCUUGUCCAUCUGGUUGCCUAUUAUCCAUCCUUCCAAAGCUCGACAGACUUGAUUAAAUUCAGAACGCUCUGCCUUGAUAGUGGCAUCUCAAAUUUUAUCAUUAGUUAUGCAUCACAUUUCCUUGUGUCUGAGGUGACCCUCAGAGGCUAUGAUAUUGCCUUUCUACUUUCUCAAGAACCAGAAUGUUUGAAAGGCAGUUUAAAGUUAUAGAAUGAAGUAGGAAAUAAAUUUUAGAUUUUUUUCCCUUAAAAUAUUUAUCAGGUCUGAAAGUGAGGAAAAUACUGUAGGUGAUUAUCUCACUUGCAGAUAUGCCUGUGAACUUGGCCAUCAGGAGUCAGAGACGGGGCCUAGAACACCAUUCACGGAUCAAAAAAAUAGAGUCUGUGGGAUAUCCAUGGCUGUAAAAAGAGGUUGAAUUGUUCUGCUUUCUCUGUCACAUGUUAAUAUUAUGCCAUGUGAUUCAAGUAGUGAACCAGCUCUUUAUUCUCCUCUGAAAAUGCGGGGUGGGGGGGAACUACCUUAGUAUUCACAUUUUGGUUUAGCCAUCCAAUCAAAGUUUUGUUACAGAUUGGUUCCACCGUAUUUGUCCUGAAUUACAUGUUCUUUUUCAUGUUUGAUGUAUAACCUUUAAAAAUCUUACUUAGUUUCUUUAUGUGCUUUCUCCUGUUCAUUCUCUUAGAGCUAAUUUCUGAUUAUGUAGCCAUGAUUUCAGUGUUGAUUCUUUUCAAUCUAAAUCUCCCUCUUUAGCGAGGAUGGAGCCCUCAUUAAAGUCUCUGCAGAUGACUGCCUUGCUUCAGUCCCGUCGCAGCCUGGUGCUGCCUUUCUUACUUGUGGUCAUGUUGUCCACAGGUCUCUCUCGUAUGUACACCUGCCCGUCCUUUCUUGCUGGAUGGGCAGAACUCAGCCCAGGGAGGCCUUGCCCCUCCGUGUUUCCUGUGUCUGGACAGAAGAUGCACCUUACUUGAAAUCAGUUGCAAUGAUUUGAACAUGGAAUUCAAUCCUUCAGAUCAUCCUCGGGCCAGCACAAUAUUCCUCAGUAAAUCUCAGACAGACGUGAGAGAAAAACGCAAGAGUCUCUUCAUUAACCAUCAUCCUCCAGGACAAAUAGCAAGGAAAUACAGUUCCUGCUCCACCAUUUUCCUAGAUGAUAGCACAGUCAGUCAACCAAACCUCAAGUAUACAAUUAAAUGUGUCGCUCUUGCAAUAUAUUAUCACAUCAAAAACAGGGACCCAGAUGGAAGGAUGCUCUUAGAUAUUUUUGAUGAAAAUCUUCACCCUCUUUCGAAAUCCGAAGUGCCACCAGAUUAUGACAAACACAACCCAGAGCAGAAGCAGAUUUACCGGUUCGUUCGGACGCUGUUCAGUGCUGCUCAGCUGACGGCUGAAUGUGCCAUCGUCACCCUGGUGUACCUUGAAAGACUUUUAACAUACGCAGAGAUAGAUAUCUGUCCGGCCAACUGGAAGCGGAUUGUUUUAGGGGCGAUCCUGCUGGCCUCCAAGGUGUGGGAUGACCAGGCUGUAUGGAAUGUGGAUUACUGCCAGAUCCUGAAAGACAUCACGGUGGAGGACAUGAACGAGCUAGAGCGACAGUUUCUUGAAUUGCUGCAGUUCAACAUCAAUGUUCCUUCCAGUGUCUAUGCCAAGUAUUAUUUUGAUCUUCGUUCUCUGGCAGAAGCGAACAACCUGAGCUUUCCCUUGGAGCCCCUGAGCAGGGAGAGGGCUCACAAGCUUGAGGCCAUCUCUCGCCUCUGCGAGGACAAGUACAAGGACCUGAGAAGAUCCGCGAGGAAGCGCUCAGCCAGUGCAGACAACCUGACUCUGCCCCGGUGGUCCCCGGCCAUCAUCUCUUAACUGCGGAGGCCACACCAUCCCUUAGUUUCUCCUUUAGUUUGAGAAAAGACAGACUUGGGGUGGGUUUGUUUUUGUUUUUUCUUUCCUUUUCUUUUUUAACGCAUAGCUCCGUCAAGCUGCCUGGAUGAGCGCCCAUGCAGCAAGGCUUGGAGGAAGCGUCAGUGCCCUGGAGAUCCCAGCUCGCUCUCCCCACUGUCAGCAACAGCACUUCCUUCGUGGAGGGAGUGGACUCGAAUCCUGGAGGAGGAAAUAAAGGGAAAGCGAAGUCGUGGCGAGGCAGGGAAAAUGGUUAAGUGGCCCGGCCCUCUGGAGUCCCCGUGGGGGCAGUAGCUGAAGUUGGCGAGCGCAGCGGUGGAUGCAGAGCUGGCUGCACCCAGGGCUGGGCCAGUGUGUCCUGUAAGACUUCUUGCAUUCCUUCUGCUGCUUUUUUGGGAUGGGGGUAUUUUUGUUCAUUUGUUUUUGCCCUGUUUUCAUUUUGGUCCCACAGAGCAGGGGAUGUAGUUUGUACCCACCGUGGCGCAGACUUCCAAAUAAAUAGUACUGGUCAUUUCUCUCCGCA